AUUGUCCUCGCCGGUGCUCCGUUGAUCGGCGCGUCUCUGCCGUCCUCGCGCUGCGCAUGCGCACUGCCACUGUCCGCGCUCGUGCGGGGCCCGUGACGAUCCAGCGGGAGUGUUAGCUGUGUAAUGGCGGCUUCGGUGUUGCUCUCCGCGGAAAGCGCCGUGCCCUCGUUUACCGUCGGCCACCCCGCCGGAGCCCCGGCGGCGGGAGCCGCUCAUCACGGAUUAUCCAGUGCUCCCGGAGCCGCGUCCUGGAGCCGCUCGCUGGACCGGGCGCUGGACGAGGCGGCGGCCACCGGAGCGCUCGCCCUCAGCGGCAGGAAGCUGAAGGAGUUCCCGCGGAGCGCCGCCGGACACGACCUGACCGACACCACGCGCGCCGAUCUAUCACGAAACCGACUGACGGAGCUGCCGGUGGAGGUCUGCAUGUUUGUGUCGCUGGAGAGUUUGAACCUGUACCAGAACUGCCUGCGUUCGCUUCCAGAGAGUCUGAUCAACCUGCAGUCGCUCACCUACCUGAACAUCAGUCGGAACCAGCUGUCGACUCUCCCCGCUCAUCUGUGCCGCCUGCCGCUCAAAGUCCUCAUCGCCUGCAAUAACAAGCUGGUAUCGCUGCCGGAGGACCUGGGCAAACUCAGACAGCUCACCGAGCUGGACGUCAGCUGCAAUGAGAUCCAGACGCUUCCUCCACAGAUCGGUCAGCUGGAAGCCCUGCGCGACCUCAACAUCCGCAGAAACCACCUCGUUCGGCUGCCUCCGGAGUUGGCCGAGCUGCCGUUGGUCCGGCUCGAUUUCUCCUGUAAUAAGGUCACGACAAUCCCGGUAUGCUACCGCAAUCUCAGACACCUCCAGAGCAUCAUUCUGGACAACAACCCUCUCCAGAGCCCGCCUGCACAGAUUUGUAUAAAGGGAAAGAUCCAUAUAUUUAAAUAUCUGAACAUGGAGGCAUGUAAAGCAGCGUCAGACCUUCCAGACUACGACAGAAGACCGCUGCCUUUCGGAUCCUGUGCGGAGGAUCUGUAUUCUGGCCGGCCGUACGGAGCUCUGGACUCCGGCUUUAACAGUGUGGACAGCGGAGACAAGAGGUGGUCCGGAAAUGAGCCUUCAGACGAGUUGUCGGACCUGCCUUUAAGAGUUGCGGAAAUCACCAGGGAGCAAAGACAGCGACGGGACCGAGAAAGAGAACGCGAGGAUCACCGGACAGGGUCCCACAUAACCAACGGCACAUUGGAAGCGGAGCUUGAGCAAAUAGACUUCAUCGACAGCUGCGCGGCGGAUGAUGACGACGAAGAUGGGCGGAGCCGGAGAGGGGCGGAGCCUGUCAGCCUCAGCUCGCAGUUUAUGGCCUACAUCGAAAGACGGAUCACCAGAGAGGGUUCGCCGGUGAAGACCAGCCCAUCCCGAGACUUAAGAACCGAUGAUCCAAGACGCCAAACCUCCUUACGUGGUGGGACAGAGACAGCAUCUUCAUACGCUCACAAUCAGCGCUCCGGUUCUGGUGGCGGCGUGGAGAGAAUGAGACGGGAAGCUCAGCUGGCGGCGCUGCGGUACGAGGAGGAGAGACAGAAAACCAGAUCCGUGCAAAGAGACGCCGUCAUGAACUUCGUCAAGCACAAGUCGUCUCAGAGCCCCACGAAGCUCAGUCCGACGGACAGCGAGAGUGAGUUUGAGCCCCUACUGAUAUUUGAGAUAGACACAGAUACCAACACUAUAAAGAAGAGGCCAGACCCUCACAAACAGUCUCUCUCUGCUGUGCCGCUGGAUGGCUGUGUGUCUCCCUCUUUAUCCGUCGCCUCCUCCUGUUCACCGCAGCAAGGUGAAGACUAUGGCUCGCUGUCACCCACCGCCCUGCAGUCUCCGUCGUACCCCAGCCCAGGGGCCCCGUCCCCGACCCGCGGCCCCAGCCAGAGACCCGAGAGUUACCUGUUCCGCCUCAGUCAGCGAGAAGAGAAGAAAAAAGGAGAUUCAGGCACACAGAAGGCGGAGCCAGUUGAAACCACUCCCACACAGAGCCCCGCCCCCACAGGAGAGGAGGCAAUGCUGAUAGAGCAGCUGAGAAGGAAUAUCGAGUGCCGCCUCAAGGUGUCUUUACCCAGUGAUCUCGGGGCAGCUCUGACUGACGGGGUCGUGUUGUGUCACCUGGCCAACCACGUGCGUCCCCGAUCCAUCCCGAGCAUCCAUGUUCCCUCACCGGCGGUGCCCAAACUAACGAUGGCCAAGUGCCGGCGAAAUGUGGAGAACUUCCUAGAGGCCUGCCGAAGAAUUGGAGUUCCUCAGGAUAGUUUGUGUUCAGCGGGUGACGUGUUAAAAGGGGAGGUGGCUUGUGUGUUCAGGCUGGUUGAGGCCUUGCUCUCUCUGGCUCCGCCCACUCUUCGCUCGCCUCCUUCUUCCCAGCUGGCUGGAUUCGCUCUCUUCUACCUGUCAAUCAUGUCGCUGCUAUGCGCUCUCUACUGCCACCUGGUGCCAAGCAUUUGAACCGCGCUUCCAUGUUGAUCACUGCACUGAAAUAAAAUAGCCACUUGUUUGUCUUUGUGCAGAAUUACACAUUAGCCGGUGUUUAUGCGCACAGACGUUACGUUUAUAGUGUUUUCUAGCACACGAAAGCGAUACUUCGCUAAGCCCCGCCCCCUCUGUGUAAACGUUGCUUUGCUUUAUAAGAUUGCGUUAAUGCAUAUUUGAUACAGUUUGUUUUAAUGGUGCUAUUACAUGCACUGGAAACAAUUGUGAUUUCUAUUCCUUUAUUUGUGUUAUUUAUUUUUACAAAAAUACUUUUUUUAAAUUUAAUUAAAAUUAAAAUUAAAUUAAAAUAGUUUUUUUUUUUUUUUUUUAGAUUUUUUAUAUUUUGGGAAGAAGUUUCUUCUGCAUUUGUUUGACCAAAAAAUAAGUUUGCUUAAAAUGUAAAUUAAAAUGUGAUUUUUUCAGGAUCAUUACUAGAAAUCAUUCUAAUAUGCUGCGCAAGAAACAUAGCAUUUUCUGACUAUUAAAAACUUUUUUUUUGUGCAAACUGCAAUGCAUUUAAUUGUUCAGGAAACUCUGAUGAAUAAAAAAAAAAGUACAGCGUUUUGCUUAAAAUACAAUGCCUUUGCUGUCAAUUUUGAUCAAGUUAACGCUUCCCUGCUAAAUAAAAGUGUGGUUAAAAUGAAGCGAAAUACACGUAACUCUUAUUUGAUGAUUUAUAAACCGCUGCUAAGAUAGGAUUGGCCAGUGAUGUUCCAAGGCGGGGCUUAGCGAACAAUCCAGUGUUUCUAGGCGUGUCUUUGAGUGUGUAGAGAGCACGUUUCCGUAGCGAAAGUCAAAGCUCCAUGGAAAAGCACAAAGUUGGGCGGAUUCGCCCGUUCAGCCUUAAACAAGACGACAGAACAAGCUGCCUGCUCCGGGAACGAGCCCUUUAUUUGGCAUCAGCACCGCUGCACUCUUCCCCGAGGUUUGCCGAAGCGUGCUCCGAGAGGCUUUGAGUUUGCAAAAUGGAUGCCAGACCAUAACCUCCCCGUUCGAUCCCUCUGUGCCUUACUGUGUGCGUGUCGCUGUCUUCCACCUCACGGUUAACACGAUAGUUCACCCAAAAACAACAGUUACUCGCCUGCUUUGAGUUGCUUUCUUCCGCAAAACACAAAAGGAGAAAUUUCGGCGUACUGUGCGAGCUUCUCUCUUCUAUAGAGUUGAAGUGAACGGCAUACGCUGCUUACAAAGCCAGGUUUUUCUCUAACAGAAUUAUCAUAUGGCUUGUAAUGCAGUCAUACUAUAUUGAGCUUUAUCGUUCUUUCCGGCCCCAGGAUUCGCUUUCAUUGGGCCUCGAGUACAUUUGAAGUCAUUUGGGCCAAACACUUUCUGAUUUGAUAGUUAGUUAAACGCACAUAUGCUAAUAUAUUCGACUCAUUUGUGACUUGGGUAUGUAGUGUAGUCAUUCAUAAAUCAGCCAGCAAAUUACAAUGUGCUUUGGCUAAAUAUAUUGCAUAAAUCCUAAAUAAAUAAAUGAAUUAUUAAUGGAUUAAUGAAGAAUUAUUUAACUAAAGCAUUAAGCCUGCAGACGAAUAUUGCUGGUGCUUGGAAUAAUUAUAUACAGAAAAAAAUACUACUUUUUAAUUGAUUUUUAGUUAAUAUUAUUUCAUUAUGUUUGUCAUAAUAGCGUUGCGCAGUACAAUAAUAUAUUGAUUAAUUUAGCAGGUGCUUUUAUCCAAAGUGACUUAUUUUUUUAUGGUUUAUAAUACUAUAGUAUUUGUCGUUACGGUAAAGUGUUAUCAAAAUACAGCGCUUAAAAUAGUAAUAAUAAUACGCGUGUUUUCGUAUAAACAAAAUUCUGCUUGUGUUUCAUCGGGUGAAGCUUAUCAACAGCUUCGAGGUGUGUAAAUGUGACUUUUUGGCUGAACUAACCCUUUAAAUAGCUAGGAAACGACUCUUAUCCCUGCGGUUAUCAAGCAUGUUGUCAGAACACAGUUACGUGAAGCGGUGCGUCCCCGUUGGUGAUGAGCAGCUCUACGGUGUGAUAUCUUAGGAAACGCAGCAGAGAGUGUGUGAGCGUUUGUCUGUCAGAUACGUGUGCCAUAUUGCCUGGGUUUCCUACAGUCUGACUGUUGUCCUCCUCUGCUUUUCUACAAUAAAGUCUGAACUCAUGUA